CAGCUGAAUGUCAGGAUGCAAGUAGUUACUAUUAUAUUACUACUUCUUCUUUGUAAGGCAUCUGACUGUAGGAGGACAAGGAAUAGGAGUUUGAGAAACAAUGAAAGGGAAAACAUUUUAAGGAGAGCAUCUAGCACUGUUAAGCGCAAUGCCCGAGACCUAACAUGUGAUAUUUACACUUAUCUUCAUGAGAAAUACUUAGACUGUCAGGAAAGAAAAUUGUUUUUUGUGGCACCUGAUUGGCCAGAAGAUAUAAAACACAUGCUGCUAGCAAGAAACAGAAUUCGUAAACUAAAGAAUAAUAUGUUUUCUAAGUAUAAAGUGCUGAAAAGUCUGGAUUUACAACAGAAUGACAUAUCAAAAAUUGAGAGCGAGGCUUUUUAUGGUUUGGAUAAACUUACCACGCUCUUACUUCAGCAUAACCAAAUUAAGAUUUUAUCUGAGGAGAUUUUUAUUUAUACACCCAAUCUAAACUACCUUCGUCUCUAUGACAAUCCCUGGCAUUGCAGUUGUGAACUAGAAACUCUUGUUACAAUGCUACAGGUUCCAACAAACAGGAAUUUGGGAAAUUAUGCCAAGUGUGUGCACCCAAUAGAACUGAAAAAUCAGAAGUUAAAGCAGGUAAAAGCUGAUCAGCUAUGUAGUGAAGAGGACAGGCAGGAUCCCAAAAACAUAAAACGGGAGAAGCCUGAACCUGCCAAACCAGAAUUUGAUUCCUCUUUGUGCCACAUGUAUGUGUUUCCUGUGACAACUCUGAACUGCAGAAGAAAAGAUUUAAAGAAAGUUCCAGGCAACAUACCUCCAGAUAUAGCUAAACUUGAUUUGUCCAACAACAAAAUUAGACAGCUACGAGCCAAGGAGUUUGAAGAUGUCAGUGAACUGAAGAUAUUAAAUCUAAACAGUAAUGGACUAGCAUACAUUGAUCCUGCUGCUUUUUCAGGCCUCAAUAACUUAGAAGAGCUGGAUCUAUCAAACAACAGCUUGCAGAAUUUUGAAUAUGGAGUACUGGAAGAUCUUUACUUUCUGAAAAUACUGUGGCUGAGAGAGAAUCCUUGGAGAUGUGAUUACAACAUACAUUAUCUUUUCUACUGGCUGAAGCAUCACUACAAUGUUCACUACAAUGGCCUAGAAUGCAAAAUGCCUGAGGAAUACAAAGGAUGGUCUGUUGGAAAAUAUGUUCGAAGUUAUUAUGAGGAAUGCCCAAAAGACAAGCUUCCUGUUUAUCCAGAAACUUUUGAUCUGGACAAAGAAGAUGAGGAAUGGGAACGACACAAGGAACAAACAGUUCAGACAGUAAAGAAGCAUGGUGUAAUUGUCACUGUGAUAGGCUAG